AUGGCAGACACCCCAGACUCUGAGAAAAUCUCCAUCACGAUAUGUGGGGACGGAGGAUGCGAGGAUUCAUAUUCAGUCACGCGUGUGGUCGAUGGCAUUCCCUAUUGUCUGUCCAUUACCGACACGGCCGGCCAAGAGGAAUACCGCGGGCUCUUCGCGCUGUCCAACUUGAGAUCAGAUGCCUUCUUGCUUGUCUACGAUAUCACCAACACGUCGAGUCUGACCGCGCUGGAUUAUUUUAUGGACCUGAUCGACAUCGAGGCAGAGCAACGCGCAGAGGAUAAUGCCCGCCUGCUCAGAGAACUAGGCGACAGUGCCCGCGACUUGCAGGUCGGCAUGCCGCCCCCGGUGAAGAUUGUCGCGGGCAACAAGUGCGAUUUGAAAGACAGUCGAACGGUUGGCGCCAAAGAAGGGCUGGAAUAUGCCCGUCAACAUGGCUGUGGCUUCAUGGAGACAAGCGCGAGAGAUAUGGUCAAUAUCGAGGAAACCUUUGCCCUCAUUGUUCGUCGCGUUGUUGAAGCACGUCGACUCCACUACCAGCAGAACCAAGCCACUGCUGAUCCCGCUAUAGCCGGGGCACCCUCAAGCGUGCAGGAACCUGCCGUAUCGGUAGCCGAUGACGCCGUAGCCGUGCAGCCACCCAAGGAUACACGGCCCCGGCACAACCUUCUUUCUAUUUUCGGAACGAAGGGGGGUAAGCGGGGAGCGCCAAAAGACGACCAGACAAACACGUCGAAAGAAAGCGCAUCGGCACCGGCAACGACGCCGAAUGACCAGAAGAAGAAACCAAGUCUCUGGAGACGUCUGCGUUGCUGGUGA